UACCCACUUGCCCUCCAGAGGAAUUACCCCCCAUUCCUGACCAGGCCGUUUUUUGCAAUACGGCGCUGCGUUAUUUUAAUUGACAAUUACGCGGUCAUGCAACGUUGCACCCAAAUGAAACUUACAUCCUUUUUUUCCCACAAAUGCAGCUUUCUUUCGGUGGUAUUUGACCGCCUCCUGUGGUUUUAAUUUUUUGUGCUAUAAACAAAAAAAAAAAAACAAACAAUUUUGAAAAAAAUUUACCUUAAAAAUUUUAAAAAUCAAAUUUCGUCAAAAAUUUUGGCCAAAAUGUAUGUCUUUGCUAAAAAAAAAUUCCCAAUACGUGUAAA